AUGUUCCAGGUAGCCCGCAUUCCGCCUCCUCCACAACUUUUGGACGACAUGGACGUCGACCUCGGUGAGGGGCCCAGCAACUCUGUUGUGGCUCCCGGCGAGGUCAUCGCGAGCGCAAAGGAGUACAUGCGCGGACACGGGACGUACGUCGAGUCCGACUCCAUCGUCUCCUCCGUCGCUGGAACCGUGCAGCGUGUCAACAAGCUCAUCAGCGUCAAGCCGCUGCAGUCGCGCUACGUGCCCGAGGUGGGCGACCUUGUCAUCGGGCGGAUCGCAGAUGUCGGCGCACAGCGGUGGCGCGUCGAGGCGAAUGCGCGGCAGGACGCCGUGCUCAUGCUCUCCUCUGUGAACCUUCCCGGCGGUGUUGUGCGGCGUAAGAUUGAGAGUGACGCGCUCAAGAUGCGCGAGUUCCUCGCGGAAGGAGAUCUCCUCGUCGCCGAGGUCCAGGCGUUCUUCGGCGACGGUGCCAUGUCCCUCCACACCCGCUCGCUCAAGUACGGCAAGCUGCGCAAUGGACAGCUUGUUGUCAUACCACCGCGCCUCGUGCGCCGCCUUAAGAGCCAUUUCGUGCACAUCCCCAAGCCGUGUGGACCAAGCGGCGUGGACGUCAUUGUGGGGAUGAAUGGCUUCGUGUGGGUGUCGCUCGGUACGAGCCAAGGCGCUCGGGAGGGCGGCGAGGGCUUUGACUCGGAGGGCGUGUACCGGAAUGACAAUGAUCCCAUCUCCCCCGCUGCACGGCAGGCAAUCACUGCCGUCGCGGACGUGAUCGGGACUCUGGCGGCGCACGAUGUACCGCUUGCGGACGCACUCAUUGGCGAGGCGUACAACUGGGUGCAGGACGCGGGGUUAGAGGCGCCGCUGAGUGAGGAGGACGGUACAAGAAUGGUGGCAGACCUCGGACUGGUGUAG